UCCACUCCGUUUGCAUCUUCUUCUCCAUUUUUCCACACCACAUAUAAAACAUUACAAAAUCCUACUGCUUUACUUCUGAACCCAGAAAAAGAAGGCAGAGAGUUUUUAGAGAUUAAAAAUAGGUGAUGAAUCUUAAAGAUUGGUGUGUGUAUUAUACAAUAAUGUUGUUGUUGAUGAAAUUCCAUUUCUAUUAAAACCAACAAAGGCUGAUUUCUGCAAGAAGAAAGAUCCAAAAAGUGCUUCUUUGCUUCUGAAACCAAAAUGAAGACCAGGAAUUUGGUGUUGCUGAUGUUAUGUGUUACCGUUAUAGCUCCUAUUGUUCUCUAUACUGAUAGAUUCUCUGCCUCUUUCAAGGCUUCUUCUUCUAGAAACCAAUUUCUUGAAGAUCUUUCAGCUUUUACUGUCGGUGGUGAUGCCAGCCAUCUAAAUCUUCUUCCCCAGGAAUCUUCCACAACCCGUAAAGUACCCAUUGGAAUAGUUUAUUCAGGGAACUGAAACAAAGUUAGAACUACAUUUUCCUUUGGCUAAGAUGCUAGAGGAUAGAUAUGAGAAAAAGGGAACUGAAACAAAAUGGAAGAAUCGAAUACUGCCGCAAGAUGAGAAUGAUAUGCUGAGUGAGAAAACGCAAGAGGUAGCGAAUUUGAAUUGUAUAUGCUAAACUUAUGUGCAUUAUAAGCCUUUAACUAAUAUGGCCUCUGCUUAAUUGCUUUUAUGUGGUUCACUUGAUCAGUGAAUUUCCUUCUAUAGAAAGUAUAUGUAUUCUAGCUCUUAAGAUAAGGUGCACAAAAAUUAUACUUUGUUGAGGUGGCAAAAGGUGUUAUUUUUACAUUGUGAUGAGAGAGUACCUCAAUUUGGUGCCUUUUUUUCCUCUUCUUGGGAGCUUUAGCUUCUACUUCAGUUGUAUUGGACUCUUCUGUUGCAUUCUCUUUACCUUCAACGCAUUGGCAGCAUGUUGUCAUGUGAGGCAUUUGAUGAGUCUGGAUGUAAUUAUGGUGUUUCAGAGUUGUGAGUCUUAGUCAUGUUUACUGAGCCUUCCUUGAUUAGAUGACAUUUUUAUGACUUACUAUGAUUUUAUAAUCUGUUGUUCAGCGUAUAAUUGAUCUGAAGGUGAGACUAUGCUCUGAAUCUUGCAAUAACCAGCUCAAAAAGAUAUUGAAGACAAGGGUGAGACAUUAUGUAACUACUAAUUAGCAUAGAUUUUUGCUUUUUAUUAUUACUAUUGUUAUUAGCUAAUCUUACCAGCAUUAACUGAAAUGUUUUUGUUUAAUUAGAAUAGUUAAAGUUAUAGCAAGUUUAGUGCUAGUUGCAUGAUUGACUGAGGAUAAAUUAUUAUAUUGUUAUAUAUAAUGCAGUGUAUAAAUUAAAAUGUUGUUAUUUUUGGAUA